AUGGAGGCGCACAAUUUGCAGGCCGCUUCGACCUAUGUCAACAACAUUCUACUUGCUCGAGGCCUGCUGAAGAGUGGCCAGGCGAUAGACUUCGCGAGCCCUGAUGACAAUGAGGGUGGAACAGAGGCUACUAUGGCCAAAAUUAUUAACUUGGUCAACGACCUGGUUUUGAGGCGAGAUCGUGAGGCUGAACACCGUGAAAGCCUGGCGACAACAAUUAGGGCCCUGCGCGCCACCGAGUCUGAGCAGACUAUGGAGAUCGGAAAAUGGAAAACAAAGGCAACCGAAUUGACUCGAUCGCUGGCCUUGUCAGAGGCUUCAGAACGGGCACUAAAAACGAACAUUUCCAGCGCGGAAGCGACCAUCCGAGGAUUGAAGGAACAGGUGCAGCGCAUGAAAGCCUCCGUGCAACAGGUCCGCGCCCAAUGUGCCAACGAUAUUCGCAAGCGAGAUCUCGAAAUGCAAAGACUUAAGUCACACUUGGCUGAACGACAACGUGGAAAGCGCGAAGGAUUGAGCGUCACAACUAUAAACAUCAACCCUGCGGCGAAGACUUCCCAGAUGCGAGCAAGUGGAGGAGAACGGAUUAAUGACCCAGGAUACAGUCUACAUCAGGAAACAACCGAAUUUUUGACACAGCUUUGCCAGAAUCUCAGCGAUGAGAAUGAUACUCUGAUCGAGCUGGCGCGAAACACCGUCGAGACACUGAAGGAUCUGCAAGGACUGCCGCUAACAGCGAACGGAGACGGCGAGGAUGAGCAAUCGGGAAUGUCUGCCAGUGUUGGACCUCAAAAGUCUUCCACGGGUGCUGUGACUACGCUUCCUACAUCAUGCGAAGAGCUAUCCGCCCACAUGGACUCUGUUUUGGAGCACCUGCGGACUCUGCUCACCAACCCCUCUUUUGUGCCUCUGGAAGAAGUUGAGAUCCGAGAUGAGGAGAUUAGACGACUGCGCGAAAGCUGGGAGAAAAUGGAGAACCGUUGGAAACAAGCUGUAACGAUGAUGGAUGGGUGGCAGCGACGCCUAGCAGGUGGCGGAGACUCCGUUCGGGUGGAAGAGUUAAAGCGCGGCAUGAACCUUGACCUGAGCUUUACCUCUGCCGAAGAUCCCAGCAUGCAUAGUCAAAUGGAGACUAGCAAUAUUUCCCCAAUUAUGGAAGACCGGGAUGAAGAAGAGCACAUGAGCGAGGCCGAAGACCGAGUGGCAGGAUCAAAACCAGAGACAUCCAACCUGGCCCGACCGCCGUCCAAGCUGCGCAAAGUACCUGAACGCUCAGAAAGGGCACUACGUGAACGCAGUGAUAAUGCUGUCGCCAGACCUAAGCGACUUCGGAAGGUUUCCUUUACGCCUGGCCUCCAGGGAUCUCCGUGUAUCUCUACCGGCGAUGAGGACGAGACAGUGCAAACGAAGUCCCAUUUAUCAGACAUGGUGACUCACAGAUCGUCCAGGCGCAAGGCCGAGAGCAAAUCGACCCAUCAGACCAAAGAAAAAGAUUCGCAAUUGAGCGUCUCACAAAAGCUCGCUGCCGCUGAAGAUGAAGCUCGCAUCGCCGAGCAAUCACGGAGAGAGCGUGAGUCGCGGAAGAGAAGUCGACCUGACAAAAUGACCAGCCGGUCCGGGACUCGUCGGCGAAGUACUCUGACAAGCGAUGAACUUGAGGAUCUCAUGGGUGUUCCCUCACGGUGA